GAGCAGGGGCGGUUGGACAGCACGCGGGGCCUCAUCUGCGGGCUGGGCGCCGGCGUGGCCGAGGCCGUGGUGGUGGUCUGCCCCAUGGAGACCAUAAAGGUGAAGUUUAUCCAUGACCAGUGCUCCCCCAAGCCCAAAUACCGUGGCUUUUUCCACGGCGUCCGGGAGAUCGUUCGGGAACAAGGACUGAAGGGGACCUACCAGGGCUUAACUGCAACAGUUCUCAAGCAAGGAUCGAACCAGGCCAUCCGCUUCUUCGUCAUGACCUCCCUCAAGAACUGGUACAAAGGGGACGAUCCCAACAAGGUCAUCAACCCCUUCGUCACGGGGGUGUUUGGAGCCCUUGCUGGAGCUGCGAGCGUCUUCGGGAACACCCCGUUAGACGUGGUGAAGACCAGGAUGCAGGGGCUGGAAGCGCACAAGUACAAGAGCACCUGGGACUGCGCCUACCAGAUCAUGAAAUACGAAGGGCCCCUGGCGUAA